GCGGGCAGAAGAGGCCGCGGGAGCCCGAGCUUGCUGGGGGCGCCGCCAUCGCCGCCGUCACCAUGGUGAAGCUGAGCAAGGAGUCCAAGCAGCGGCUGCAGCAGCUCUUCCGGGGCGGCCAGUUCGCCAUCCGCUGGGGCUUCAUCCCCCUCGUGCUCUACCUGGGAUUUAGGAGAGGUGCAGAUCCCGGGAUGCCUGAACCAACUGUUCUGAGCUUGCUUUGGGGAUGAAAGACUGUUUGAACAUCUGGACUGGAAGCAAUCGGUGGACAAGAGAAACCCUGACGGUGUGCACUUUGGCCAGAAUAACGAAGUGAAAAUUCAGCGUUUGGAUGCUCCUGGGGUCUUCAUGGGCGUGUAUAUGGCAGAAGAGUUCUAAUUAAUUCUUGGGGACAGAAUGUAUCAAAAUAAAUAAACUGAAACCAUGA